UAUAACUCCAGAAAUUUUUAACCAUUAAAACAAAUGCGCUCCUCUCACCAAAAUAUUUAGUAUUAAAUAUUAAACCUUCCCGCUAUCACCACACCAAACGAAAGACAAGUCAAUAGGAGAAAAGAAAAAGAAAAAGAAAUAUAUUAUAAAAGAAAAUAAGAAAGAGAAAAAGAAAACCCACUUGCGUGACAUGACAGUCCAGUCCUCUCCUCUCCUCUUCCUCCCUCCCCGGCCGCUUAACCCGCCGCCAAAACAAGCUUAUGUAUGUGCUCCAUACAAGGCUCGCUCUCCCCUGUUUGCUCCACGAACCCAUGACGAUCCAGAGCCAACCAAACCACGCCAACCACCAACCAUCACCGAACAACAUUCCCGCUCUCAUUUGCCCACAGACGAGAAGUUCAAGCGGGCUGGCUCCCUACUGGCUCACCACCUGUAACCCACUCCGAACAUCGACCCCAUCAGCCACGCAAUCAAGCAGCGACAAGCACACCAAGCAUCGACACCGUCGCCGCGUCGAAAAACUGGAGAGCGUGGAGCCCCGCUUGCUCCAAUUCUUAGUGGACGUGGAUGGGGCCGUAUGGCGCCGUUCUCUCUUCAAAAAAUAACAAUCUAAAAUAAAGGAUAAUUGUUUUCCUCCUUCCUCGCUAUCCAAGGUUCUUCCAACAUAUUUGCCGUUCCCUACAGAUUCCUGCCAAGAAAAAGCGGGGAUUCUUAUCGCCGUUAAACUUUUUGUCCCUGAAACCGUUCCAAAAUUUUUCCAUCACUUCAAAUUCACGUGAGCAUGUUCCAGAAGCAUUUCAUAUUCAACUUACGACCAAUUACUUAAUACCAACGUAAUUCACAAAAUGAUAGCCAAAAAAAGGGGAAAAAAAAAGGCUUACAGCUCCCUCCCUCAAGAAGAAGGGGGGGAAACAGUAUAUGAUUAGCUUCUCAUUAAAGUGACACUAGGAACAAAAAGGACAAGAAGGAAAAAAAGGAAAAAAGGGGGUUGGAAGUUAUCUCAUUCCUGAAAACAAAAUAUUUAGAAAAUAAAGGAAAAUAAACAAAAGAGAAAAUAAAAAUCAGAAAACAGGCAGGGCGCGAUGGAACUCGUUAUUGGAUUGUUUCAAUAGUAGUAGCUAUUUAGUGAUCCGGGAGGAAAAGACAAGGAGAAGAGCUAUAGGGGCGGGCACGAGAACAUGGUAAUAUAGACAAAGGAAAAAUCAAGGAAAAGUGAAUAGUUUCGCGGGUGAUUAUACCCGGGUAGUGGUGAGAGCGAAGGGCAGGGAGAAGAUAAAAAACGACGAUAUUAUAUAAAGAUAUAGCAAACGGGAACCUAUGCAACAGUAUAAGGGGGCCUAGGUUCAAAAAGAGAUAGCAAAGGAAAAGGAAAAGGAAAACAGAGAGAAAACCACGACGAAUAAGAGCUGAGAGUUUGCGCCUGCUGGGCCGGGGACGGGGGCGGGAGCGGGGACAGAUUCAAUUUGUAUACCAAUAUUCCUUUUUGUCGGUGUCCUGGGUGGUAUUGUAAAACAAGGCAAAAAGAACCCAUGUCAAAUAAAUCUAUCCAUUUAAAAGUUAA